AUGAACGACACGGUAGCCCCUGUAGAGGUGCCGCGGCUCGAGCCGCCGCCGCCCGAUCCCACAGCAGAGCGCUGCCACCUCCUCGGCCCGACGGCACUGAUAGUGCAAGCGCUGAUGGGCGUGUUCGUCAUCGGGUCACUCGUCGUGAAGCGCCACCUCGAGAAGCGCAAGCGGCCCUGGCGCGUGUGGGCCCUCGACGUGGCUAAGCAGCUCGUCGGGCAGGGUGUUAUCCACAUGCUCAACAUUCUCCAGAUCUCGUUCGUGAUCGCCGAUGCCGACGCCGCCAACCCCAACAACCCCUGCAGCGUGUAUUUUCUGAACAUUCUGAUCGACACGACGCUAGGCGUCGGGAUCAUCUAUCUCGCCCUGAAGGGCUUCACGUCUCUCUUCAUCAAGCACUUCGGCCCCGACUCCUACGUGACGGGGCACUACGGCGUGCCCCCGCAAAUGUCCAUCUGGCUGCGACAGCUGCAGCCCUAUCUCCUCGCCGUGGUUGCGAUGAAACUGGUAGUCUUGCUGCCAUUAACUCUUCCGGGCAUUUCCGGCGAGCUGAUCCGCGCUGGGCAGUCCAUCCUCGGCGCGCUCCCCGCCGACGUCCAGGUCGUCUUUGUCCUCAGCAUCUUCCCGUUGAUCAUGAACGUGCUCCAGUUCUGCCUCAUCGACCAGCUCAUCAAGGCAGGGAAACACGCCGAGGGCCAUCCCGAGGAAAUGGACAUGGGCGAGUCGUACCGACCUCUCCCCACAUCGUCUUCUCGGGAUCCGGAACUGGGCCUGGAAACGCGGCGCGCGUCGAGCAGCAGGGGACACAGCAAGCCGCCCUCCCGAAGUGGCAGUGUCCUCUUCUCCGAACCCGAGGAAGAACCCCUGUACGGCGACUCGAGCAGGAGUCCCAAGUCAAAGCCGAAAGUGCCCUCCAUCGCGGGCAGUUUCUGGAGCCGCAGGACAGGGGAUACGGAUGCCGAGGAGGUGCGGCCGGAACACUUCGAGCUCGACCGGAGGAGCUCGACGGCCAGUUUGCAGAGUCUCCGAUAG